AUUCAAUACAAGAUGAACCUCCUCACCACCCUCCUAGCAGCCCCCCUCCUAGCCUACGCAGCAUCGUCAACCAACUGCUCAGCAGCUACAUUCCAAAAAUACGUCGAUGCAAACGGUACUCAUGCACACGUGCAAUGGGCGCAAUACAUCCCGCACAGCGGCUCGUUCAAUCCGGAGAACUACACGUCGACCUCUGAGUAUCCGAAUGACUUGCCCGAGUCGUGUGCGGUGCAGGUGAAUGUUGCGUCCGAGGGGAAUUCGAGUUAUCUAGUCGGUGUGAUCUUUCCGUUUGACUGGAAUGGGAGGAUGUUGUCUGCUGCGGCUGGAGGUGGGAUUAACUGGGUUGAUAUGGGCACCGCAACCCACUACGGGUUCGCCACCGUCUCCAGCAACCUCGGCCACCAAGGCAUCGACACAGCGGGCACCUGGGCAUUAGGCCGUCCCGAAUCCGUCAUCGACUGGGGCUACCGCGCCUGGCACGGGGCAACCGUUCUCGCCAAACUCCUCAUGGAAGGAUGGUACGGGUCGCGGCCGAAGUACAGCUAUUUCUACGGCUGCUCGACCGGCGGUCGGCAGAGUAUGAAGAACAUGCAGCUGUACCCGGACGACUAUGAUGGGAUCAUCGCGGGCGCGCCGGCCUGGUGGACGACGCAUCAGCAGCUGUGGAAUCUGAAGCAGACGACGUAUCAGGCUCCUGCUAAUAGCUCGCAUACGAUCCCUGGGGCGAUGUUUGAUGUCAUUGCGGCGGAGGUGCUGAGGCAGUGUGAUCCGCAGGAUGGGGUGGUUGAUGGUAUCAUUUCGAACCCGGAGGGGUGUGUGUUUAACCCGCAAGUGCUGGCUUGCAAUGCUACGAGUGCGAAUGAUGAGUGUGUGACUGCUGAACAGAUGGGCACGUUGUAUAAAUUGCACAAUGACUGGGUGGACGUCAACCAGACCUUUGUGUACAGCCAUCUCUUCCUCGGCAGCGAGUCGAGCUGGUUAUCCGGGAACAUUGGGCUCGGUGAAAACCACACCAUUUCGCAGCAAUAUUGGUAUCCGCGUGAUCUGAUGGGUCUGGGCGAUGACUUUGUCUGGCAGGAUCUCGACCUCAGCACGGUUGAGCUGGCUGAUACGUUGAACCCGGGCAAUGCGACUGCGGAUGACUUUAAUAUCAGUGCAUUCCACAACCGCGGAGGCAAAUUCAUCCACUACCACGGACUGUCGGACAGCUAUGUCUCUCCUGGCGCGAGUAUCUAUUACUACGAUCAGGCAUCCAGCGCUGUCAAACCGCAGGGCAUCGAGGUGGAUGACUUUUACCGCAUGUUCCUGAUUCCUGGCAUGGAACACUGCUUCGGAACCCCAGCAACUAUGAACGCACCCUGGUACAUUGCCGGCCCGGAUCAACCGGCUAACAUCAACACAUCCACCUACAGCGUCCCGGGGUAUAAAGAUGCCAAACACGACGUGGUGCUUGCCAUGAUGGCGUGGGUGGAGAACGGGACAGCGCCAAAUGAUAUUGUCGCCACGGUGUGGAAGAAUGAAACCACAGCGACGGAUGUGCUGCGUCAGCGUCCGAUUUGCCAUUAUCCGAAUCAGGCGAGGUACAAGGGUGGGGAUGUAGAUGAUGCAGAGAGUUGGGAGUGUGAGUCUUUGUAUUAG